AUGCUUGGUGAUGAAGAAAUAAAAGAAAGUAGCCUCAUGAGACCCGGCGAUGAGAUUAUAAGUAUCCACGAAGUUUGUUUAACUGAUAAAUUUUAUAAAAAGGAAUUAGGAUUUGGCAAUGAAGCGCUUUUUACCAGUUCGUCUAAAAACGAAUUGGAGGUUCCCCGUUUCCUCCGCGAUGGCUUUUAUCCCGAGAGUUCAGAGCAGCAGGCCAGGUUCGCGUGGACCGAGGAGGAUGGGAACAUCGCGGCUCUCGUCUCCGAGCCGGGAUUCGGGACAACAGGGCAGACCACAUUCGGCAAAGACUUGGAUGUCCACUUGAAGCCUGAUAUGAAGAAAAAUAAUACAAACUCUGUGUUCGAGACGUCAUUGAGUAAGAAAGUACAUGCGGAAUCUUCCAUAGUCUCGUCUACGUCUACGUCGAAUACAGGCAAAUACAAUCAGACCGCGUGUAAGAUUGACAAGGCGGACCCAAGAUCGCGAUAUCAUUACGUGAAGUAUGUGAAGAGACACGGACGGACUGUCAAGUUGUGGGAAUGUGGGAUAUGCAGCCGCGACUUCCAGCACCAGUACACGUUGAUGCGUCAUUUGCCAACACAUACAGACGAGCGCAAUUUUCAUUGUGUAGCGUGCGGCAAGAGCUUCAGGCAACUCUCCACUCUCAGCCAGCACCGCGCCAUACAUUCUGCUGAGAGACCGUACGCUUGCGAGGUUUGCAACAAAACGUUCAACCGCGUGUCGACCCUCAUCUCCCACCGCAAAACCCAUUCCGACGAGAAGCCCUACAAGUGUCACAUCUGUCCCAAAGGAUUCCAUCAGAAAGGAAACCUCCGCAACCAUCUUUUCACGCACACCAACGAGAGACCGUACAGAUGUAAUAUUUGCUUCAAAGGAUUCAACCAGCAAUCAAAUCUCGUAUGUCAUAAGAAUAAGGCGCAUCCAGAUGAUACAAGUAGUACAACAUCCAAUCCCGACUUGCGAACUGUCUCACGUCCUCCGAGAACUGCCUCCGCAGCUGAAACACAACCAGACUCUACUAGACAAUCAAACGAUCAUUGCGAGGUUACCUCAACAGUUGGUCCCUUCUUACCGGCAGUGGAAACUCCAUCUUCUUCAACAUGGAAUCCUAAAGACAACUUUUGGUCCGUGCCCAAGUAUUUCCCGGAGCCAAUAGACGCGUGGUGCUACACCAACCCUAUGAGUUGGAACGGAGGAGGUGUUAUUGUGGAUCAGAUAAAGACUUACCAUAUGGGAGUCGCAUUAGCUACAAGACAAACGCCUUUUGCACUCCUCAAACCAGAUAAAGGUGCUCCCGUGCUGGUCAAAGUUGUUGAUACCAAGCUACCUGGCGGAAAACAGAUGUUAGUACCAGCGACUGCUGCUGACUUGAGAGACGGCGGCAAGAUUAUUGUGAAGAAUGAAGACAAUUGCAGUGCGGGGGGUGCGGGGGGCGCGGGGGGCGCGGUGCAGAUCCGUGUGCCGGUGGUGGCGACGGUGGUGCCGCGCCUGCAGCCCGGGGGUCGCCUGCAGCUAUGUGUCGAGGAGCCGCACCACGCCUAUCACACCGCGCUCUCCACACACGCUGGUGAAAUCAACGUUGGUCCGUGCAGUAAUCACAGAACAACUCGACCUGAGAGUCCUAAAGUCCAGCGCGCUCACGACACUUCUGACAGAUUUGACGAUCCGAUGAUUCGAUCAGGUCGCUGCAUCUCGUCGUGCGCUCUGCCGCCGCCCGCACCAUCUCCACCACUGGACCUUAUCUCCAUGGAUCUCUUCGAGCCCAUCGAAUGCUUGCCAAUGGGACCACAGAUCACUGCCGUGGAUAACGUGCACCAGCCGCCUGGUUCCGAUGACUCCGACAUAUUCAUAGGCAGCUUUGAGGAAAGCAUCCCGCUCUCUGAUUCAGAAUGAAGCAAACAUACCAAGCAUUGUUUAUACAUGGAACGCGCAU